GUGCAUCCUCCGCGCCACCAACUUCGGCUGCCUGAAAUUCACUCUUAUAUGCCAGACCGUUCGCAUUCAUGCUAUGUUUCUUGACCCUUGGAAUACAUGUGGAACCAUGAACCCUGAUGUCUCACCCCCACAGAAGUCGUGUCAUUCCUAUAUUUGACGUUUGCAAGUCCCGCAAUGUCGACCUUCUCAGCUGCGGCACUCUCAGCACGGUGUCAGAGCAUCCACGAUCGUGUGAUCUCGGCAGCGGCUGGUAUCGGUGAGAGUGCUGCACAACGGCACGCCAGCGACUCCCCGCUCAUCCAAUUGUCUGCCAAGCUGAGGGAGCUAGGCGAAGCGGCAUUGCAGCUGGGAAGCAAGCUGAGCGGCACGGAGCCCAUUUCUCAGGAUCUCCAAAACGCAAUCAAAGACCGACUUGAGAAAUGUGCGUCGGCUGAGGCGAUCGUGGAAGAAGGGACCGCUGUCUCCAAGACUCGUCUGCUCCCGAUCAGCCAGGACCUGUUGUCCAAAUAUAGUAGUUGGGCAAGUCUCGAGACUUCGGCAAUGGAGAGCUUGGUAGAAGCUCUCGAGAUGAAAACCACGGAUGGCCAGAACAAGCUCUUGAGUGGCCCAGAGUAUCGCGCACUGAUAGGAAUCGCAGACACUGCAUUCAUGGCCGUUAUCUCCAGCCAAACUGGCCCUUCUGGCAUGGAGAGUGAGGCACCACCGCCCUUGGAUGACGAACCACCGCCGCCCUACGACGAGGACACAUCUGAACAUGUGUCGGAUGUGAAACAACCCGAACCUGUCGCACCGUCCACUGCAAGCCCAUCAUCUUCCAAAAGCGCGCCGCCAAAGAAUCUGGUGGAGCUCUUCAGGGCUGUGACUGCUUCUUUCCGUCAGAAGCCGAAGCCUCUCGUCGCGGCUCUCUGUGAGGCGUGCGCCAGAGGCGACAUCAAAAACGUCACCGCGCUCGUCUCAAAUGGGGCGGAUAUCAACGGACGCAAUCAAGAUGGCAAGACACCCCUUGUCGUGGCCAUCGAGAACAGACAGCUUCCUGUCUUUACCGAGCUACUGGAGCUUGGAGCGUCGAAGGACGUGAAAGACUCGGCAAAGAAGAUGCCUCCUCUCUUCUGGGCGGCCUCGGUUGGGGACCUUCAAAUGGCGAAGGUUCUCCUACAACAUGGAUGCAAACCGAACCAGAAGAAUAUGUAUGGGCAUGCCUAUUUCUUGGACGUCAUUGACAAGGGCGACGUGGACAUGGUACAGCUCUUAUUGGACCACGGGGCCAAGGCCAACACGACCGACCUGUACGGCCGGCCUGCCAUUCAUCACGCCUACUCGGCAAACAAUCUGGCGAUGUUGAAGCUGUUGCAGUCGCGCGGCGGCUCAGUCAACGCCAGCGACAUGACCGGCUGCCCAAUGAUCAUCCUCGCUCUGCAGGAAAAUAAGGAUGACAUACUCAAUUUCCUGAUCGAGUACGGUGCGAAUGUUAACGCCACAACAGCCACUGGUCUACCCCUGGUAGUUGAGGCGUUCACGAGGGGGCGCAUCGACGUCGUCAAGACGUUGCUGGAACGAGGCGCCGACGCAAACGCCAAAGACCUCGUGGGGUCCAGCAUGCUUAUGAACGCGGCCAAAUCUGACAAGCUGGAGGCGGACGCUCGAAAGGAGGUGAUCAAAGCCCUUCUCAAUCAUGGCGCUAAACCCAACGACCGUGAUGCGUGGGGGAAGUCCGUCGUCAGCUUCAUAGUAGAGCGGGGGACCCUCAGUCUCGUGCCCCUUCUACUCGAGAACGGCCUCGACCCGAAUCAACUGCUCUCUAAUGGAGAGACCCUCUUGGAGUAUGCUGCCAGGACUGAUAAUCAGGAGCUUGUCAGGGAAAUAUUCAGUUACGGUGCGAGACGUGAUGUUGGCAUUGCUCAGGUGCUGCACGCACGCGCCUUUGGUCUACCACUGAUGGAUCCACCGAGUCAAGGAACCGGGCCUUUCGUACGAGGUCCCAUAGGGUGAAACUUCCUGUGAGAUGUGAGGGUCGAAUCGAUCGCGGCAGUACUGUUAGGAAUAUAGGGCGUUUCGAGCUGAAGAGAAAGUGCAUCUGGAGUUUCUUGACAACCGCAAUGCGAGGUGCGAGGAUUACGAGACAUGAAGCUUACACAGAAUAUGAGUUUAUGUUUAAGUAAGGUUUAUAAUGCGUAAUCGGACGAUCUUAUUCCAAUUCCCAACGUCUCGCCAGCGCCGUCUCAUGGCGCCUUGACGGCUUCAAUAGCAGCCUUCACAACCUCAUCAAAUGACCGCUGCGGAAGUUCUAGCAGGUCGUUCAUUAUGUUUCCCUCUUUCUCCAGAUGUCCACCAUAUCUUCCCGUCACGAAACCAGUCUCAAUCAGUGAGUAGAUGGCCCCGCCAUCCCCAGC